CAUUUCCGCGCCAACAACAACACAUUCAUCUGUGCAUCAACAGCUUUGUACUACCUAGCCAUCGCAAGCAUCAAUACCCGCAAUGGUCGAGUCUACUUUGACCAACACUUCCGUCGAGGGUAACCCUGCGCCGACACCUGGAAAUGCUACGAUGUUGCAAGCUUUUGAGUGGUAUUCGCCUGCUGGCGGAAAACAUUGGAAGCGACUUGCUACCAUCCUGGAAGACCUGAGCAAGACUGGAAUUACAUCAAUGUGGAUUCCCCCUGCGUGCAAAGCUUCGUCAAAAGACGGCAACGGGUACGAUGUGUAUGAUUUGUGGGACCUUGGUGAGUUUGACCAGAAAGGCCAGGUCGAAACAAAAUGGGGCACAAAGAACGACCUUCUUACCCUCGUCAAACAAGCGCGAGAGCAUGGCAUCGGCCUGAUCUUUGACGCAGUCUUGAACCACAAGGCUGCAGCCGAUGAAUUGGAGAAAUGUCGUGCCCAAGAAGUCGACAGUGACGAUCGUACAAAGACAAUCAGUGACCCAUACGAGAUCAACGGCUGGUUGGGAUUCACCUUCCCCGGACGCGGCGACAAGUACAGCAACUUCAAGUGGCACUGGAGCCAUUUCACCGGCACAGACUACAACGACGACAACCAGAAGUCGGCCAUCUACAAAAUUCUGGGCGACGGCAAAGGUUGGGCCGAAGACGGCAUGUUUGCCGAUAUCGAUCACUCUCACCCAGAAGUCGCCCGAGAAAUUAAAAACUGGGGAGCAUGGGUGACCAAGGAGCUCGGCCUUGUUGGAUUCCGUUUCGAUGCUGUCAAGCACUUCAGCGAGGACUUCCUGCGCGACUUUAUCGAUCAUGUUCAAGAAGAAAAUGCGAAAUCCAAGGAUGGCAACAAAGCAGCCGAGAAUCUCUUCUGCGUUGGCGAGUUCUGGAAGAUGUCUGUGCAAGACAUGAUGGAUUACAUUGAGCGCAUGGGCCGCAAAUUUUCGCUCUUUGACGCGCCACUGGUGAACAAUUUCAGCUCUUUGUCGAAGCAAGAGAAGUCUGACUUGCGCACUGUCUUUGACAACACGCUUACCAAGUGUGAACCAGUCAACUCGUGUACGCUAGUGACGAACCACGACACACAGCCUGGACAAGCUCUCGAAAUCCCGAUUGAAGGGUUCUUCAAACCUCUGGCAUAUUCACUCAUUCUUCUUCGCGCUGAGGGUUACCCUUGCGUGUUCCUCGGCGACCUCUACGGCACUGCUGGGCCUGAAGAUGGCGAGCCAGCAUCUUGCGGUGGACAACUUGGUGAUUUAAUUCUGGCUCGUAAGCAAUACGCGUAUGGCCAACAGGACGACUACUUUGACUUCCCGACUUGCAUCGGCUGGGUGCGCAAGGGUACCUGGGACAAGCCUGAUGGUCUGGCGUGUGUGUUGUCGAACGCUGAAGCUGGUCAGAAGCGCAUGCAUGUUGGGGAGCUCCAUGCAGGUGAGAAGUGGACUGAUGUACUUGGCUGGUCUCAGGGCGAGGUCACCAUUGGCGACGAUGGCUUUGGUGAAUUCUACUGUCCUGGCGUAAGCGUGAGUGUCUGGGUGAACAAGGACGCAGAAGGACGAGAGAAUUUUGGCGAAUUCAAGGCGGAGAUUGACGGGCUCACUAAGAAGCUCGAGCAGAGCAUGUAAAUAUCAAAUAGAGAGCACCAGCAUAGAGAUAGAGGUGAUUACUAGAUAUUGAGGAGUAAGGGUC